UCGUUUAUUAUUUGUUAUUGAUAUUAGAGAGACAAAGCAGUGUCAACAUGUUGGAAAUUAUAUCGUGCGCAAAGGAUACCCAGCUGCACAACUUCCCAAGGCUAGAGCAGCUAGCAAGCAGUGCCCAUAUUGGCAACAAUGGUUCUCAUUGCCAUUUUUUCGGAUCCUCAAAGUUGUUCGUACGCUCGAAUAAAGAUUGGGGUAUCGAGCUGCUACGCCUUAAGUCGUCGGCGGAUCAGUUGGAUACGGGCGGUAAAAUAGGAAACGCCGGCAGUCGCACGAUCACGAACGUGAAAAAGAUCGCGAUCGACAAUCUUUACUGUGUGGCGUGUCCGAAGACGGCUGGCAAGGAGGAGAUAGCAAUCGGGCUGACGACCGGUACGGUUCGGUUCAUGAACUACAAGAAGGCCAACUUUACCAAGCGGUUCGAUAAUGAUAGGAUCACGAUCGGUGUAACGUUUAUGGACUUUAAUGCUACGGACGAUUUUUUGGCGACCGUGUACGAAAAUGGGCUAGUGAAUGUGUACGGGCUGAAGACAAGUUCGAAGCUGCAUACAUUAGCAUUCGACAAGAACACCGUGAAAGCACGGUUCCAUCCAACGAAGCGCUUCUCCCUGGCUAUAGCAUCCUACAAGGGUGCUGUCCUAUUGUACGACACGCAAGCGAAGAAAACCCUUUUCUCACAAACCGCUGUCCAUGCUGCACCGUGUCGCGACAUAGCGAUGAUAGAAACGAAUCCCGAUUAUCUAUUUUCAGUAGGCUACGACAAUGUGAUUAAUAUUUUUGACACGAGAAGAAAGGAAACAGCGUCCCAAAUUCAUUCGAAUUAUCCCUUCGAAUCGCUGGCGAUUGCAGAGGACGGUAUUCACCUGGCCGUGGGCAAUCUGAAAGGUUACGUGUACGGGUACGAUCUUCGCCAUCUGAAAGAUCCGCUCAACAUGCAGAAGAUUCAUCAGAGCUGUGUAAACAGCUUGGCAUUUGUACCGCAAGCACGGGAAGGCUCAAACCGACGAAGCAUGAUCGAGCUGGAUGAAUCGAAGAAGGCGACGAAAAGUGUGCGUAUCAGUGAAGGUGGUCAGCUGAACCGGCUCGAUCCACAGACGGAACAGCACGAUAGUUUCAUCGGAGAGAUCGAUUUCUUUCUACAGCGCCGUGAUGCACCAAUCGAUUGUGUGUCCCGGUUGAGUACAUCUUCCCGGUUGAGCACCGAAUCGCGUAACAGCAUGCAGAUGGGUGGCAACAAUCUGAGAGGAUUUCUUGAUGAACUUUCCGAUUGCAAUGUCGAAUUGGAAACGGACGACUCGCAGACGGAAUCGCAAAAAGUGAUCGAUACGACGCCGGGCGUGGAUGAUAGUUUUGUGAACGUGAACCGUUUGCUUAAGCGCAUUAAAUCGGACGGUUCGCGAUGCACCAACACGAGCAGUGAGCGAAUGAUUCGCAAAGGUCUUCCCGGUUUGGUCGAUAAUUUGGAAAACAUUCGCGAGGAAGGCUCGGAACAUGGGGACGAAGGUGCGAGUGAAGAUAUUCCGAUUUCCGAGAGUCCGUACAUUGGUACCACCGGGAACAGCAAUAGUACGCCAAGGGUGCUAGUUGAAAGUCAGCAAGAGAACACAGUCGCUGUUCCGUUGGUUAGUGAACCUAAAAGAAGCAUUACGAGCGAGACAGAACUGAUCGUCGAAAACAGUACUAUCGGAAACAAGGAGAAUCGAUCCCGCCCUUCGGUGGUAAGCAUCAAGCAGGAACCGCAGAUUGUAACGGUGGAAUCAUCGCCACAGAUCUCCGCGCCGGUAAGUACGGUGGAUAGACGAAAAGAUUCGGCAGCAUUCGUUAACCCUUGUGAGGGAUCAUCCACAUCCGUUCGGGAGGACAUUGCCGAACUGCGCCGCACAAUGAUGGAACAGUUUGAACAGUGCACGUUGCGACAGAUAGAUGCUGAGCAGGCCAUGAGAAGUAAUUUGUGGAUGUGUAUGUUUAAUUUGUGGCGUGAAACGCAAAGCAAGCUAGAAUCGCUUGAGCAGUACGUGAGCACCGGAUUGGGGCUGUUGCUGCCGAGAGAUGAGUUUGCGCAACAGUUUCUUAGUAUGCGUGCGGAAAAUGAGGCGUUGAAGGCACGGUUAAAGCAAUUGGAGGAGACGGGCGUUACCAAGCAGACGUAG